AUGAAGGGAGUGGAGCAGCAAGCUCAGCCCGUCUGCAUGUCUUCCUUUUUCUUUGAACAGUUAGCCUCACUGAUAUCUGACCAUCCAUCGCAAGAAUCAGAACCCACCUCCGCCACGGUCCAUCCAUCUUUCGUUACUGCGAGCAACAAGAUAAGCCGAGUGCUAUGGGAUUUCAUGGCCCCGGCCUCCUACCGUGAAGAUGUUAUGAGCUUCCUCCAGGAUGAACACCACCGAACACAAGAGUUGAAAUCGGAGGUCGGUGAGGCGUGGCUCCGAGUGGAGAAACUCAUAGCACAGAACAAAAUCCGUCGAGCGUUUUUGGAUGAAGAACGGAUUUAUGAGCAGCUGCAGGGUGUCCAGUCUAUGUGCUUCUGGGCUGCUGAAGAUAUCGCUCGGCGCUUUAAGUUAGAUGUGUCCAUUGGUAAAGAGGAUGAAAGCCAUUUAACGGCAUUGAAAGAGGCAAGAAUAACCCUAGAUUUUUCGGUACUGCCAAGGAAUGCUCCUAAUGAACUUGCGGAAGUUCCUGACCCCGGGCAUGUCAGUAGCGGUUUAGCAACGCCGUUGCCGUCUGUGAAUGAGUCCGAUACUCCGGUUUUAGCGUGCAGGGCACGCGUUGCGCGACGUCUAUCCGACAAGACUCUCAUGAAUCCCAGCAAGCGGCCCUACUGUAUCCGACGUUUGUUUUCUCCCAUCCUGCAGAAACGUGAUAAACUGCCAAAACACUUCACACGCUUUCUCAAUGAUUUACAACAAAUCCAAUCAAACAAACUACCAAGCAUCGAGGCAAUGCUUCAAAGUAGCAUUCUCUUCAAUACUCCCCUGCAUGUGCCGUUCCAGGUUAUUGCUCAAUUCAUCACACGCGACCUCACUUUGCCAAACACAUUUGAAGCAAUGGAAGGGAAGCUAGUAGAGCAAUACGAUUUUGUGAAGGGCUCCGUUGACCAGUUGUGUGAAUUUCUCGAGACCGCGUCUUCUAAUCCGACCAACAUAGAUUUAUUGGGUGAGGAAGAGCGCUCUGCCAUGGCACGUCAGAUGUGGGAUCUACUGUUUAAAGAGCUAGAGGCUCAUAAGGAAGGGUAUAGGUCAAUUCACGAAGGCUACACAGAACUGACGGUGGCCGCCACAGAACACUUUGAUAAAUUGAGUACUCAUCUUGACAACACUGCGGCUUUAGCCAGGCAAUCCAUGGAACAGAUGCAAGCUGAUGCGGCGUUGUGUGUAGAGGCCAUCGAGCGAUCUGGAUCACAAAUAGUGAACCUCGUUGAGCGUGCAACCAGCGAGUUCGAGAAGGAUCUCGCCACGCUCGAGGAGUCCAUUCGAGCUAAGUCAUUCAUCUUAUCCAAGUCCGAGGCUGCCCAGGAAAAGAUGGCGCGUCGUGUGCGAGAGGUGGUCAAGGAGCUGUACGUCGAGCAGGCCAAGUACACGCGUGUAUCCCAGGAACUGCUGCAGGAUCAGCUCUCCCUCGCUCAGCUCCGUGCUAGCCACAAACAGCUUCGGGAAGCGGUGGCUACGCGGUACGAAAUGGUCUCCACUGCUAAGCAAAAGAGCAAAGAGCUCCAGCAGAUGCUCGACGCCGCGGAGGCUGCUCAAGGGGACCUUUUAUCUGCUUGUCGUCAAGAAAUUGAACGCCAGCGGAACGAUGCUUUUUAUCGUCGCUGCCGUGUCGUGCGCUAUGCUGUGGACAAUGUGCAGUGGUGGUCGCGAUGUGUGGGCGAUAUGGCUUAUAUAUAUGAAGCGCGGUAUCGUGCGCUGGAUGGUAAGUCAAAGGCCGCUUCUUGGCAGACGCACUAUCUCUUAGCAGCUGAAAAGGAUUGGGCAGUGGGAAAUCUCCUGGAGGUCCGACCCGAGAUGACGGAAGUGCAGAAAAGGCGGCUCGAGGUGCAGGACAUGGCGAAUGCAGUGGAAAUUGAUAUGCCGACCGGAACUUUACCUAUCUCAAACUCUACACGCCUCACUGAUACCACUUCCGGAGUCGAUCAGAGCCGUAAGUUGAUGGUGAUCUUAGAUGGGCCGCAGCGAGUCAACAGGGCUGUGCCCACUCUGAGGAAGUAUAAGACCAAUAAGAACCAUCUUCGCGGGGAAGUUAUGGAUGAAGCACCUGUAGUACAAGCUGUUCCAGCUAUAGCAGAUGCAACUGAUUAG